CACACCUCACAUUUCCAAGAUGGCGUCAGGGGUGAAGACUAGCGAUGAAUGUGUCCAAGCUUUCGAGAGGCUGAAGAAGGAUAAGUGUUCAAAGUUCUGUCUCUUCAAACUCAACCAGAAGCUUUCUGAAGUUGUAUUAGAUACAGAAGCGCCAUGUAAUAAAAAAGAUAACAAGUUUAACUGCUACAAGGCUUUCUUGAAGAAUUUGCCAGAGAAGGAGUGUCGGUAUGGUGCGUUCGAGUACGGUGGUCGCCAGGAUCAUGAAGGGAAGGCGGUAUCAAAACUCCUAUUCGUAUCAUGGGCACCUGCAACGGCAGGGAUGAGACAGAAGAUGGUGCAUGCGUCCAGCUUGUCUGCUGUGAAAGAUAAACUGAAUGUCAACGAUGUAUUACAGGUGACGGAGCUGGACGAACUGGAUGAAGACGUCGUCUGUGAUAAGCUUCGGAUCAAGCUUGAUAAAGAACAUUGCGAAAAGAUGAAAAGAGAACACCCAUUUGAGGAAGAAGAAUACCACCAGGAGCAGCAACUACAGGCAUAGACGAUCACUAAAUACAACACAGUGACCACCGUGAAAAUAUGCAUUGAUUUGGUUUAUCGGCCUGUUAUAGCGUUUAUGUGCUUCGCUGACUGGUCAACCUUGGGAAUGUAUUAAACAUACAUUGUGCUAGACUGGAUUGAUGCUAUUGGCUGUUAUACAUCACUUAUAUACCAGGGAACAUACAUUAUAAACAUUACAAAGGCAAGAUUUUCAUCAAGCCAAAAAUUAAUCUUCUUAUAGCAUUAUAUACUUUAUCGUCACUGUCAAAUAUCAACUCUUAAUGUAUAAAACUUUAUACAAAAGUGUAGUCACAAUAAGUCAAGGGAAAGUUUGUAUAUGGUGUAAUUGGAAUAAGCUUUACAUGGAGUGGACCGAGAUGAGUUAUGGCGGUUGUGGGAACACUGAAUUAAUGUAGCAAAUAAUACUGUAAUGUAAGGUGGUGUCUAUAGAUACAAAUUCUGUUUACCUUUCUGAUUCCUGUGACUAGAUUCCAGCCAUCUUGGUAUUGGAGAUUUUGAGCAUAGAAACAAUUUAAUCCAAAAGAAAUAACUGCAUCUAGCUAAAAAAGUGAUUUUCAUCGAAAGUGAAUAUCGCUUUUAAUUAUUGUAUGUAUUUUUUUAUGUUAAUGUUACAAAAACAAAACUGAUGUUUUUAAUAUGAAAUUAUGAAAUACUAUACAUUUGGCAUGUAUACCAUCCUCCUGAUUUGUAUUUACCAUAUUUGAGGAAAUUUCAGUGAUUGUUUAUAUUAAUUACCAACUCUAAAUGUAAAUGGCCAAUAUUUAUAUUAAUUACCAACUCUAAAUGUAAAUGGCCAACAGAGUCAUUUCCAAACCAACUAGUCUUUGCCAGUCAACUAGUCUUCCCCAAAAAGCCAAAAUGGUUUUUACUUGAAAUGACAUUUAAUGGGCAUACAAUUAACUUAAGUUAGAUAAGUUUGAAGAAGCAGGCAUCCUGCUAGCAGAAUUGUUACAUGGUGUUCGAAGUGUGAAAAUAGUCAUUACACUACUACCUGGUAAUUAUGUAAAGAAACACGUUUUGUAUAAAUAAAACAAAUAACAAAAUUUAAUGAAAAUUUCACUUGUUCAACAAAA